UCACUUUCAGAAUUGUGCAAAUGCAAGGAGGGCCCUGAGCCUCCUUAAAUUUUGCACCUCAGGAGCUUCCCUAACUGGUUCCUGUCCUGACCAUGAUGAAAGCGAAUGGUGGGAAAAACAGUCCCAACAACCGAACUCUAAAUUACUUUAUCAAAUACAUAACUAGGCAAUAUGUUAAAUUCUAGGGCUAUAGGCUUAAAGAACAUAUUAUCAUAGAACCAUAACUAAAAAGUAAUCAAUUUAAAAUUGGUAAAUAGACAAUAUGUUUGGCCAAUAUUAUCUCAUUUAAUUCUCACAAAGAAGUAAACCUUUGAAACUUUAAAAAAAAGCUUAAUAUCACAAUUGAGUCAAACUCAAGUCCAUUAAAAAAAAAUACUUAUUUGCAGUCACAAAACUUAUGUGCAGUUGGUCAAAUUAUCCAUAUUUAGUGGGUCUGAACAUCUUUAAAUCUAAAGAAUAGUGAGUUUAGAAACAGUUACCUAAAUUUGUCUGAAAAACAACAAAAAAUCAUGUUGGGUGCACAGAGCACCCAAUGGGUAUAACAACAGCCAACAUCAUUCCUCCUACUGUCCCACAUAUAAACAUUGCUAACAAAUACCCUCCAUGCUACCCCUGUUUUCAUAGGGUGACCAGUUUUAUUAUUGGUAUCUGAAUCAAUGUUCCCAGGACAAUUUCCCUGAAUAAAAUCCUCUUAUCUUGCCCACUUAAUAUCCUUCCAAAAGAUAUUUGUUUUAUUCCCUACACAAAAUGUAAUACUCUCACACUUUUCUUUCUAAACUAUCUAAUGUGAACUGUAUUAUAGGAACCUAUAUGCUUAAAGGCGAUCUGGUGGCACAGUAGUUAAGUGCUCAGCUGCUAUCCAAAAUGUUGGUAGUCCAAGCCUACCAGUGGCUUCUUGGAAACUCUAUGUAGUAAUUCUACUUGUCCCUAUAGGGUCCCAGAGAGUCGGAAUCGACUCAAUGAUGGUGGUAUGGGUAUAUGCUUAAAAUCAUCAAGGAAUGCAAGAAGGAAAUGUUGAAAGAGGCCGUUGAAAAUGUGUGUUAGAAGAGAGUUUAUGAUAAAGUGUUUGAGAAGCUUGAUUCAGAAAAUGCAUAGAGAACUAUAAUAGAAUUGUCAAGAAGUGUAAUUAAUUUAAAAUGAGAUUAGAUGGCAAAGCUGAGGGUCCAUCUCCAGCAGUUGCCAAUUGCUCCAGUGCCUGUGCUGAGUCAGGUAUAGCCUGAUCUGUCCUGGGCUGUGUUCCGAAAGUAUAAGGAAAUGAUCUUAAAAUCACUGUGGAUUGUGAUUUAACAGGAGGAUGUGGGACAUACAAAACUAGUGUCAUUCUUAACGUGCAAACCAUUGCGGUGAUCAUAAAAUCCAACCUGGACACCUCAAUACAAUUUAGAGAAGAGAAAAAGAGAUACAGGAAGGCUAAGGAAAUGCACAUGUAAAUUUACCUUUUCCACAGAUGAAUCAUCAAGAAAAAUCAUCACAAGAUAAUCUAACUGAAAUUAUUGAAUUUGUUCUCUUGGGCUUUGCUGACAUGCCCCACCUCCAGUGGUUCCUUUUUGGAUUGUUUUUAAUCAUCUAUAUCAUUAUCCUGUUGAGCAAUGGCACCAUAUUUCUCAUAACAAAAAUGGAUCCUGCUCUCCAGAGCCUUGUGUAUUUUUUCCUAGCAAAUUUUUCCUUCUUGGAAAUCUGCUAUGUAUCAACUACUCUCCCCAGAAUGCUGAUUAAUAUUGGGACCCAGAAAAGAACAAUUUCCUUCGUUGCCUGUGCUAUGCAGAUGUGCUUUUUCCUUCUGUUCGGAGGCACAGAAUGCUUGCUCCUGACAGUGAUGGCCUAUGACUGCUAUGUGGCCAUUUGUAAUCCUCUGCACUAUCCUCUAGUCAUGAACCACAGGGUCUGCAUUCAGUUGGUGACUGGCUCCUGGACCAUUGGAAUCCCAGUUCAGAUACGGCAGACAUAUCAGAUUUUCUCUCUGCCUUUUUGUGGAUCUAAACAAAUUAACCACUAUUUUUGUGAUAUCCCGCCAAUACUCAAGCUGGCUUGUGGGGACACCUUUGUUAAUGAGAUGUUGGUCUACACAGUUGCUGUGUUAUUUGUCAUGGUUCCAUUUCUGUUGAUACUUGGCUCCUACAGUAAAAUCAUCUCCAUCAUCCUGAAGUUGCCAUCAGCCACAAGUCAAGCCAAAGCCUUCUCUACCUGCUCAUCUCAUCUAAUGGUUGUGGUGUUAUUCUUUGGAUCAGCCAUUAUUGCCUACUUAAGGCCCAACACUAGACACUCAGAGGGAACUGACAAAAUGCUUUCUCUUUUCUACACUAUCCUAACUCCUAUGUUUAAUCCCAUGAUAUAUAGUCUAAGGAACAAGGAUGUCAUAAUGGCACUGAGAAAAUUGCUUUGUAAAUAACUCACUCUAUUAAAGAAUCAGUUUAAUGUAUAGAAAUUGCUUUCUUACAUAUUUUUAAUUAAAUUUCAACAGAUGUAUACUUUUAACCGUACCUUGUGAUAUGGAUUGAAUUUUGUCCCCCCAAAAUGUGUGAACUUGACUAGGCUAUGAUUUUCAGUAUUGCAGUGCUAGUCCACCAUUUUGUUUUAUGAGUCUGAGACCUCUAGAAGGCAAGUGGUUUGGUUUGGUGAUUUCUCUAUGUGUUGUAAAUCCUACCUUUAUGAUGUUAAUGAGGCAGGAGUCAGUCUACAACAAUAGGUUGUAUCUUGUGUCAAUCUUUUUUGAGAUAAAAGAGAGAAACUAGCAUAGAGACAGGGAGACCUCCUAUCACGAAGAAUGAAGAACCAGAAGGCAAGAGUGUUCUUUAGACCCAGGGUCCCUGCUUCGAGAAGCUUCUAGACCAGGGGAAAAUUGAUGACAAGGACCUUACGAUGGAGGCAACAGAGAGAGGAAGCUUCCCCUGGAGCUGUCUCUCUGAAUUUGGAAUUCUAGCCUCCUUGUCUGUAAGAGAAUAAAUUUCUUUUUGUUAAGCUAUAUAUACUUGGGGUAUUUCUGUUAUAACCCAAACCCAGUGCCGUUAUAGCAGCACUACAUUACUAAGACACCUUGUCUUCCCAAAAAAUCAUUUCCAAGUUAAUAAUCUCUUAUAAAA